UUAACGGUAUCAAGUAUAAUGCAGACACUACAAAUUAUAUUUUCUUCUCUCUUGGCCAACUCCGCCUGUUUACCAACUAGACCAGGUUUACAACAUGUAAAAACGGAAAUAACUCCUGGUUUUCCGUUUACUAGGACUGAUAAUGUUUAUCCGGGUCGUAUACAUAGCACGGAGAGGAGAAGCGACGGAGAAGGGAAGUUAAAAACGGAUAUAACUCCUGGUUUUCAGUUUACAAGAACUGAUAUUCCUUCUCCGGGUCUAAUACAGAGUACGGAGAGGAGGAGGGACGGAGAAGUAAAGUUAAAAACGGAUUUAAAUCCUAGUUAUCAGUUUACAAGGACUGAUAUUGUUUCUCCGGGUAGCAUCCUGAGUACAGAGAGGAGAAGGGACGGAGCAGUGAAGAUAUUGAGCGGAGAAGAGGUUCUCCUAAUGAAGAAGAUACUAGGACGAGAGGAAAAAAAGGACGGUUUACUUACCAGGACGGAUGUAUUAGAACUGGAGGAGAAGUUAAAGAGAGGAUAUAUUUUGCUCAAAACUCCAGGUUCUCCUGGAAUCUCUGAGUUUAGUACUCAAGAUCCUAAGAACAUUCAGCAGUAUCUGAGCCGAGAGGAUAUCUUGAAAUGGGAAGCAUUGUUUAAAAGAAAGGAUGGAACUAGGGUUAACAUUAUCAAGGUAUACAACACUCUCCCUCCUGCGGGAUUGAACCAUGAUGGCAGAAGAAAAGAGAAUGAAAAACCGGUUCUUCAUCUCUCCAGAGAAGAUGUUGAAAGAUUAGAAAAUGAUUUAAAAAAGAGAAACAGAAGAAUGGAAACUAAUGAAGGAAGUCGCCCUGAGUUUUUAAUCCGGGCAGAUUUGGACGAAAUAAAUAGUUUUGCUCACGAAAGCGAAGACCAUAAAUAUGUUAUGACCAGACUAAGAGAAGAUCAUUUUGUUCAUCGUGAUCAUGAUCACGAUCAUAAUCAUGAUCGUGAUCAUGAUCAGGGGAACAAAGAAAGGGACAAUGAAACCAUUUUAUCAAUUCUUAAUCCAGCAGAACAAGAAACGAACAACGCAAGUACUGUAAACAACAGUAAUGAACACGCCAAGUUGCCACAAUUUAAUAGCAACCUUAAAGAGUUCGAAACCGGACAUUUCUCCAGUAUCCAGGUGUCAGCAGGACGGAUGAACUGCUGUUCUUGCUCCCGGAGUAGAGAUUCCUGUCCCAAACCCGAAGAAAGGAGUAAACGGGACAUACUCACUCUUUACGACUUGAAGUUUAUCGGUCUUUGUCCGAAAGAGAUUCCAUUCCCAUGCAUGUGCUAUGAAACCACUGGCCACGAUAUUACCACUGACGCGGCAAAUCACGAACCUGGUUUAGAUGUCAUCUUUAAACAAGUAGACAACCGCCAUCUUGUUUUGCAGGAAGUUAAAAUCCAAAAGCCUGAACAUAACUUUGAUCUCCUUCGCUGUAUUCGACAUGAGGAGCAAGAACCUAAACCAGAGACAGUCUCAUUUCCAGAUAUUCCGGAGAUUAUAUUGACGACGACAUACAAACCAAUCCUCCAGACAGACAAAGCAUCUCUCUCAAGCAUCUCCAACAAAUUUAAACAAACUGACCAGAAAAUUAACCCGAUUUCUCCAGAAAUUGCAGGAAAUCCUGAAAUAGUGCCGGAGUCAGAAAAAGUCGAAAAAGGCAAAGACAUAGAAGAAGAAGACGAGACAAAAUUAACAAAUAAAAAGACUGGAGUAUUUUCCAAGUUAUUGGGCUACAAGAUAAAAAGGAUUAAAGAAAUUUAUUCAAAUUUCAAAAAUUUUUUAUUUUUAUAAUGUUCCAAUUUACAUGUUAAAGAC